AAGAAACCCUAAUAAAUCAAGCUAGGUUUGAUCUGUUCAGUAAACGAAGAAAACCCGUUCGUUUUGAUUAGAUUGAGCAAAGAGAAGAAGAAGAAGAAGAAAUGGGGGUAAUGAACAGAUUGAAGAUUUUCGUAGUGCAGGAGCCUGUUGUAGCUGCAUCUUGUCUAAUCGCUGGCGUUGGCCUUUUUCUUCCUGCUGUUGUAAGGCCAAUGUUGGACAACUAUGAAACUUCUAAAAAGGUUCCUCAGAUCCCUCUUAGCGAUGUUGUUGAAGGCAUGACAGGUAAGAAGUGAGGUGGUUGCAGAGAAGCAGAUUCUGCAAUAAACAUUCUUUUGAAACACUUCAAAUGUUGUUCAGAAUUUACAAUAAGGUUUUGAGUUCAUCCUUAUACUGCGAAAACACAAGAACAUAUUUAUGUUUCUGAACCUGUUCUUUCUUUUAGAUGAUGAUGGUGAUGUCUAUCAUCAUACAUUUUUCUUGGUUUUGUAAA